AUGCCGUCUGUAGCCCAAAAACGUCCUUCGCUGGACGAGCUCCAGUCCCUCUUCCCUCUCACAAAUCCGAUUCCCCACCCAAAGUCGAACCCAGACCUUCUCACUUCCAAAGACCUGCACCGAGAAGAAGAUCUUUUACGAAAUCCUCAAUCUUUUCGAGCAUGGUGGACAGCGAUACAUACGACUCGGGAAUUAUACGCUGCUCAAAGCAAAAUUGAAAAGCACGAGCUUCCAGAGGAGAUCUCAGCUCUACUUGGGCCACUUUCGACGCCUUAUGCGCGCCUCACUCUUCAACGCCUCACCUACCUUUACGAAUCGGCACUCGUGCAGUUUCCGAACUCAUUCAAACUAUGGAAGUCCUAUUUGACGAUGCGCAUGUCAUACGUGUUGGGGAAACAAGUCAUCAAAAAGAGAGCGGGUGGUAGAAAGAAGUUUCCCGAGAUGAAGGACGCGUUGGUGGAUGAAAAAGAGGACCUUGAGCGAUGGGAGGGAGGGUUGAAUGGGGCCAUCGGGUGGGAGGAGUGGAAAUCUUUGGUUGCGGUCUUUGAACGUGCGCUGAUGUGGUUGCCCAAGCUACCGCGACUAUGGUUGAUGUACUCUUCCAUCUUUUUCCACCCUCUAUGCCCCUCACCACUUUCUCAUUCGCAUGCACGAAGGACGUUUGACAGAGCGUUGAGGACGUUGCCUCCAUCUCUUCACCAACGUAUAUGGGUACGGUAUUUACUGUGGGCCGAGCAACGAGGUGGUGCUACCACUGUUGCAGCGUUUCGUCGAUACAUUGCGAUUGACCCUAGCGUAACGGAACACUACACCGACCUUCUUCUCUCUCCGGUGUUGGGUUCUCCUCGGCCACUCGAGGCUGCUAAGCUGCUUCUUUCGUUGGCUCGUAAAGCUGCCAGAGGGGAGUACUCAAGCCCGGAGGGUAAAAGCCCUUAUCAACUUUUGGAAGAUUGGAUCAAUCUGGUGGAGAAGUUUUCCGAUGAUGUUGGUUUGGAUGUCGAAGAAACUAUAGAAUCGCAUGCUGCUGCUGCGAAAGCAGAAGAAGAAAAGGAAGCGAUGAAGGUAGAGGACCAAGAGCCGGCGUCUGUCGAUGGACAACUUAUACGCGUAGCUGGUCCUCCUGUUGCGGUUGAUGCAGAUGGAAAUGCUCUUCCGGCUUAUGAUGAAGAUGAGGAUCCGUCGAGCCCUCGCAGGAUAAACAUUGAACAAGUUAUCGAGAAGGACGGGUUCUCUGUCUAUAAGGAUCAAGCUGGGCGACUUUGGACGGGCUUGGCGACCUAUUGGAUCAAACGUUCAGAAUUUGACCGUGCAAAAGAAAUGUUCGAAAAAGGUCUCGCUUCGGUUUUGACAAUUCGAGAUUUUACACAAGUAUUCGAUGCUUAUGCUGAAUUCGGAGAGUCUUUAAUAAGUGCCUUGAUGGACAGUCUCAACGACGAGGAGGACGAGGAGGAGGCUGCUGAGACGGAGCAAGAGCUGGACGUACAUAUGAAGGGGUUUGAGGAGUUGAUGGACAGACGGCCGUUCCUAGUGAACGAUGUCUUGAUUAGGCGCAAUCCGAAUGAUGUGCAGGAGUGGGAGAAGAGGGUUGCGUUGUGGGGUCAAGACGAUAAAAAGGUCGCAGAAACUUACACCAAAGCUCUUGAAACAAUUGUUCCGCGGAAAGCAACUGCCAACCUUCAUAGAUUAUACAUUAAUUUUGCCAAGUUUUACGAGGAAGGUGGCACUACUGGCGAGGCUGAAGAAGAUCUCGAUAGUGCACGGAAAAUCUUGGAAAAUGCUACCAAGGUUAACUUCAAAGCUGUGGAAGACCUCGCAGAAGUGUGGUGUGAAUGGGCUGAAUUGGAAAUUCGACAGGAAAAUCACGAUGAAGCCAUCAGGGUCCUGCAGAGGGCUGCUGCUAUUCCCAAGGACACCAAAAUCAACUACCACGACCAUUCAUUAUCAGCCCAGACACGUCUAUUCAAGUCCUUGAAACUAUGGUCAUUUUACGUUGAUCUAGAGGAGUCGUUAGGUACCGUUGAGACGACUAAGAAAGUGUACGACAAGAUCCUUGAGCUCCGGAUUGCGAACGCACAGAUCAUCGUAAACUAUGCUGCUUUCUUGGAGAGCAACAAAUACUUCGAAGAAAGCUUCAAGGUAUACGAGCGAGGCGUCGAACUCUUCACCUUCCCGGUAUCCUUUGAAAUCUGGAAUAUUUACCUCUCCAAAUUUGUUAAACGCUAUGGCGGCACCAAAGUUGAACGUGCAAGAGAUUUGUUUGAGCAGGCGUUAGAGAAAUGUCCUGCAAAAUCUUGCAAGCCUCUUUUCCUCAUGUACGGCAAGUUCGAAGAGGAGUUUGGACUGAUUAAGCGUGCGAUGUCGAUCUAUGAGCGUGGAACUCAAGUGGUGGCCGAUGAAGACAAGUUUGAGAUGUUCACCAUCUACAUUGCCAAAGCGACCGCUAAUUACGGCUUGCCUGCAACUCGACCUAUUUAUGAGCGAGCUCUUGAACUACUCCCUGAUCGGCAGACCGCAGAAAUGUGUCUACGAUUUGCAGCCUUGGAACGCAAACUCGGUGAAAUCGACCGUGCACGGGCUAUCUACGCCCACGCAUCUCAAUUCUGCGAUCCCAGAGUUAAUGAAAAGUUCUGGAAGGAAUGGAACGAUUUCGAAAUCGAGACGGGAUCAGAAGACACCUUCCGAGAGAUGCUUCGAAUCAAGCGUAGUGUCCAGGCACAGUUCAAUACGGAGGCACACUACAUCGCCGCUCAGACGAUCGCUGCUAAGAAUGGGGCGGAGAAAAAGGUGGAGAUUGCAGAGGCGCCAGAUGCUAUGGCAGCCGCUGAGAGACAGGUAGGAGGAUUUGUUGCAGCAACGAAGACUGCCCUGUACCAGCCGCCGGAGGAUGCUUCCGCUGCAGUUGCGGCUAAUGCAGAUGAGAUACAUAUAUCGGACGAUGAGGAUGUUUGA